AAAUCCCUCUUUACACAAAUGUAGAAAGUAGAUCGACUUCGCCACCGGCUCUGGGCGUCUAAAUGGCGGCUUCUUCGUCUUCCGCAACCUCCUCCUCCACCUCCUCUUCAUCGGAUGCGUAUUCAUCGGAUUCUUCUUCUCGCCGUCGGCGUCAACACCGCCGCAAACGCGGAGAUAAACGCAAGGACAGAGACGAGCUAAAGGUUAGCAAGAAAAGCCACCACCGCUCUGAGAAAAAGAGACGUCGCCGGCGGCACUCCUCUUCCGACCGAUAUUCACAUUCUUCUUCCGAUGAUGAUUUCAGCUCCUCUGAUAGUGAGCAUGAAGCAGCAAAUCGCUCAAAAAGGCACAAACCGAAUGGAAAAAUUAGGAAGAGCAAGGAUAAAGAGAAAAGAAAAAGCCAACGGCAUAAACGUCCUAAGCACAAAGUAAAAGAGAAGCAGCAAGAGGAGGGUAGUGGCCCUGUGCAGCUUUCGAAGGUUUUGCUUCCAUCCAUAAUGUUAUCUUUGGAAUUUGCUCGUCAACUUCAUUUUUGUGUGGAUGUUAAUUUGUGUUACUCAACCAUUUGCAGUUUCUGGGACGAGACAAAGAUGAUGGUGCUCGUCGAAGUGCUGUUUCUGGCAAAAAGAUUUUGUUGAAGCUUGACAAGUCAAAGGAGGACAAAAUGGCAGAAAGUAAUCGCAACAAGUUGCUGAACUUUUUGAAUGCAAGCUACGAUUGAUUGAGGUGGAUUUUUGAAUCAUGAUUUGCUUGAAAUUCUUGAGGUGUUGAUAAAUGGACCUGUUAGUUGUUAUUGUUCAAAAUGAUCUAAGAAGUUUCAAGGUCGAGAUAGAUGAUUUGUAACAGUAGUUUUGCUUGACUAUCUAGCAUCUGUGCUGUAAUUUUAACUAGCAUUCGUAAAUUUUUACCAUUAUUGUGAAUGACAAUGUGGAGAAUUGGAGAUAUCAUUGAUUUGGGAGAUCUUCCUGGUGCUACUUUAGGUAUGUAAUCUUCUGGGUUGGUUUGCCCCUAUUGUACGAUACUAUUUACUUCCAUCUCAUGUUGAAUAUCUCUUCCUCUAUCGGAAAAUAAUCACUAUGUUCAAACU